AUGAAAGCUUCAAUUCUUCUUCUUGCCGGCUCCGUUGGCAUUGCUCUAGCCCAGCCCACUUCGUCCCUUACUGAACGCGACCACGUCGAAUCUCCUCUCUGCCCUUGGUUCGGCGAUGACAACCCUCUUCAGCCUACCCCUGCAUGCUGCUACAACGUGCCGUGGACUAAAGAGCGUUAUCCUUACAAAGUUUGCAUGGCCCCUUCGAAUGCAGAUAAUACCGCCGACUUCGAGGCAAGCUGCCAGAAAAUCAACCCCAAGGCCCGACCUGUGUGCUGCCCCCAAAGUCUCAUCACCGACGAUCCGGAAAAGAAUGUCGGCGAUGAUAUUCUCUGUUACAAGGCGAAGACCGUUAAUUAG